UUGUUACCAUAUCAAAAUAAAUGCAAAUGCAAAUGCUGAAUGUUUUCUCGAAGGGAUCUAUUAUCAUAGCUAAACAUUCAUUUUAAAAAGUAGUAUUUGGGGUAAAAAUAUUCCAAAUGAUGUUGGUCCAUGUUUAACUUGAAAAUAUCAGAAACCCUUAAUCUUCAGUAACUUUUCAGACGAAAAUGAUUGUUAAUAACAUAUUUAUGUAAAGAUAGACUGAUGUGUAUGAAAGCAGUUGUGACAUACAUGCACUUACAUAUGUGUAUCUCUGCUUUAGGAUGGAGAUUUACUUACUGAACUUGAGGAACAAGGUUUGUCAUAUCUGUACAUCCUGUGUGAGUCGUGUUGUGUGAAUGAAUGAAUGACUCCUAUAGAAAUGAGUUAAACAUUGAUCAACUGAAAACUAGGAUGCAUUAAUCAAAAGACCUGAACCUUUUUUGAAGUUACAAUUCAGCAUUGUUAACUCCUCAAACUUAGGUCAAUACCUACCUUCAGAUUUCUGAGAAAUAAUUCAAACACUCCUUACUGGUUGGUAUAUCAUAAAUUAUGCUAUUUUGUAUUGAUCUGCUAAUUUACAUAGCUGUUGGUUAACGUCCUGUAAAUCUUUCCCAAAUUGUUCUUUGCUGCAGAUGUGACAUUGAAACCUGCUUCAGAUGUACUGGAUAUAUACAAUGAGGGAAGGGAGUUACUAUUGAACAGUGAUGUUAGAACUCAGCUCCUUAUUGAACUCCUUUCCCUGUCAUGUGAUUUGUCAUCAUUACUACACCAAGACAAGUUCAGAGCCUAAUUCCACAGGUGUAACAAAUAUAUCAAAUUCAAUUCGGCACAAUUUGUCCUUGCACAGUCGCUUCAUGCGUAUUCAGAAUGAAGGAACAGGCAAGAGUUCUUGGUGGGUUAUCAACCCAGAUGCCAAGCCAGGGAAGACCCCCAGACGGAGGGCAGGCAGCAUGGAAACCAAAAACUAUGAAAAGAAGCGUGGUCGUGUUAAGAAGAAAGUGGAAGCUUUAAGAGCUGCUUUAGAGGCUGGUGGCAGUCCAUCAUCAGCUUCAGAGGACUUUUUAGAUACAACCUUUGGCUUUGACUUUCGACCACGAGCUAGUUCUAAUGCUAGUAGCUGUGGCCGGCUUUCUCCCAUCCAAGCUGCUGUAGAACCAGAUUUACAUGAUAACCAGGUACCCCCAAUGUCUCCUAUACCAUGGGGACCUGAAGUGGAUUCAGGGAAUUUCUGUUAUAGUUCUGAUGGAUUUACAGAUCAGUUAGUGGACACUCUAGUAGACAGUAUGAAACUAGCAGAACCAAAUAACAUAGGUUUGACAGGUUCUGAAAGUUUAGAUUUGGUAGGGAAUGGGUUACAAGAACAAUUCAUGCAGAAUGGUUCUAACAAUGAUUUGACUAUGUCUGAUUUCAAUCAAAAUUCAAAUUAUAGUCAAAAUGGAAGUUUCAGUGGUCAGUUUGCUAACCUCCCAGCCCCACCACCUUACCCUGAGUCGUUGCAACGCAACACUCAGUCACCUGCCCAGCAGUCUGUGCCUCAGACAGUGAUGAGCAACCUAGAGCGUGUAGCCAUCUCUAACAGUCGUUUCAACAACUUGGGUUUGCGACAGAAUCUGUUCGGGCAGCAAGACUUGUACCAGCAAGAGUCUAGCAUGAGCCAGGACUUAGCAGCCCAACUAAACACAACCAAUCAGCUGACUAUAAACACACAGCCUCAGAUGACAUCACCUUCUCGAUCUCCACAACAGGCCAGCCCAAUUGGGUACGGGAAUGGGUUCAGUCCAAGUGUUUCCCCACAGCCCCACCCAGGUCAACCGCGCCAGCUCUCCCCACAGCCACGGCAGAUGUCUCCUCAGCAGGCUCCAGGAUCCCCAGCAUCUGGCUCAGCAACUGCCCAGCCCCGCACGGUGCUGCAACAGCAGCUCCAAUCUUCCAAUGACUCCAUCCUGCGAGCAGCACUCACCCAAGGAGGGGCCGCCAUGAGUUACACCCUGCCCACCACGACUGCCAGUCACUCACAGUUCUCACAGAUGAACAUGCCUUACUCCCGUGCCCAACUGAAUGGCCCUGUUUCAACCACAUGUAACAAUAUGGACAGUCAAGACUCCAACAUGGAUGAGGUCCUUGCAACUCAACUUGGCCAGCAGCUUAACAACCAGAGAAGCCAAACACCUUUACAAUCGGGAAGCUUUCCAAACACAGGCUCUGGCAACAUGAACAGUGGACCCGGUGAGGGAGAUGUACCUAUUGAUAUAGAUAUAGAAAACUUGAUAUUUGGAUUGGACUGUGACCUUGAUCAGAUCAUUAAGCAAGAGUUGUCUCUAGAAGGCAAAUUAGACUUUAACUUUGAUGGGAGUGCCAAUGUUCCUCCAGCCACCAACAAGAAUACUGUUUGAUGAUACUCAUGGUGGCGUUAUAACAUCUUAGUGCUGUACUUAUGUGAUGUGAUGUAUUGUGAUGUGAUUAUGUAUGAGGAACCAUGGCUAAUGAGAAACCAGUAUGGAUUCUGUGGCACAAGAAUGGUGAGGCAAUGGUAGCUAUAUAGGGCAGCAUGCCUGUUUGCUAGCAGGCGAGCAGAGACAUUUGAAGAUCAGGGAGGUUGUCGGUCACGGGACUGAUAUUACAGGCGGAUACAUACAAGAAACCAACUUCUACUGCUACAAAUGUCAAAUCAACAUACAUUCAUGGACUACAUGCACUAUGAAUGCACCUACUGUUGUAUGACAUGUAUAUUUAAUGCAUGUUUGGUUUACAUAUUGAGCAAGUGCACAAGGAUUGUUCCCUUGGGUGUCGAGGUAUGGUAAUGUUGAAGACACAGGCCAUGACUUCUGUAUCAAGUGUUGUCAAGAGCCAGGCCUGAUGCAGUGUUUACCUAGUGUAAUAGCUGAAGCCGGCUUUAUUUUACAGGAUGUGCUAUUUCACUAUAAACUAGACAGUGUACAUAUUUCUGCCAAUGACAUAAAGAACAUCUUCAUUAUUGUUGACAGAAUUGGGAUGUGGCAUCCAAACGAUUCACACAUUUUUCAUAAUGACUUGAUCACCUUCAUAAUAUUGUGUAUGACUUCUAAUUUAUAUAUUUGAUGCAGUUCUUGUUUCAUUUGCCAGUAGUUUGUUUUAGAGGUGAGACAUUUUAAUAGUGGGUCUUGUUCAUCAUUGCUCCAGCCAACUUCCCUACUCAGAAAUAAGAAUGUUCAUAGCAUCUUGUAGACUCACACUUUCAAUUGAAAUAUUUGUGAAUGUUCACCGUGGUGAAACAAGAACGUGUCUGUACAGUCAGUCGAAAUAUGUGUUCAUUUGUAACCAGGAUUAGAAGGAAGGUUGCAUGUAUUGCAAAGAUUUGAUACUUUAGCAGUAAGGUAGGAAGUGAGUUUUGGUAAUGUGUCUUUUAAGAAAUUGGUUUGUGUACAAUGCUGCCGAUCAGGCCAAAACAAGGAAAUUGUCUUUCAAUGGCACGAAACUGUCAACAGUGACAUGUUCUCUCAGAAAAAAUACAAUUCUGUGAAAUUAGAUGUGUUAAAGAAUCACAAUUUGAAGUAAUAGUGAAAGAAUUUGUGAUAUGGUUGAUGCUUGUUGAUAAUUUAUGAAAGUCUGCAUUCAGUGUAUACAUACUUUGUUACAUGUACAAAUUUUAAGCAACCAAGUGUUUGUUGCAUUGGUGUCUUAUAUAGUGCUGUCUGUCGAUGUCCAGAAUUAUAACAUGGAUGCCAGUUACCUGAUGGAAAAAUUGGAUGUGAUAGUAAACCUGUCUCUUAUAGAGGAACAUUCCUGCUUAUACAGUAUUUUAUUGUUUAAAGUGUCAGUAGAUUUUUACUAACUGAAGAGCCAACAAGAGUUUUAUGUUUGGGAAGCAGAGGAUUAUUUCUAAAAACGUUUUGGGGACUGGGUAAAGUUUGGAUGAGAUUCUAAUUAUAUAUUCUUUCCCAGAAAGUUAUAGAAUUGGUUUCUAUUAUUAUUGUUUGCAAACCUUUUCCUUGUCAUUGAAUGUUUUGACUGAGCUUCUGCUCUGUUAUCUUAAAACCGUUUAUGAAGGUGACGAACCUGGCUCUGAAAAUAUGGUCUAAUGGGCGACAUGUAUAUGAAGGAAUGUUUCUCAAAUGUUACUAAGUUUAUAGCAUUUAGCAAUACAAGAGACUUGUGCCAAGAGAAAUAAUAUGAUUUGGAGGAUUUUGUGUCGUUCAAAAGCGAUCAUAAUUACAAAUAUUCACUCAUAUAUGAUUGUUGUAAUAGUUGCCAAACAUUUAAUCAGAUGUAAUUUUCAAAGAGGUUAAUUCCUUAGAAUUGAGGAUUUAACCAUAGAUACCUCAUUGCUGUGACCCAGAUAUGACAUUAUGUCAACUAAGGUGCGCCAUUGAAAUCAGUGACCGUUCAGUGAACUCAUCUCGCAUGAUGAAGUUGAAUAGACAGCACAACAAAUGGAAUUUGUAACAGUUUUGAGCAUCAUUUGCCAGUUCAUUUUAUUGAUCAGAUGUAACAUAUAAUUAUCCGCUAUUUGAAUGGAUCAAAUUGAACAUUCAAAUUGAAUUUCAAAAUUAUGACUUUUGGAUGCUCAUAUAAUUCGGUAUGUUGAGUUUGUUGGCUGUUUCCAUGAAUACCUGUCGCAACUGAGGUCAGCUGUACCUGAAGCAAUUGACUUAACACUGGAUAUCAAACCAUUUCUUGUUUUGGCCACAACAUGUGCUCUCUGUUAUCACCCUCAAAACUGCAAUGUUACAGCUUGUCUCCACCAUAAUCUAGCGGCAUGUCUGAAAGGUCAUUUGCAGCAUCAGUCCAUCACUCCCCCUAGAAGCUGAUUUUUUGUGGAGGGUUGGUGCUCUUCCAGUAGUGAAUUUAAAGUUACUCAGAUGGUCAUGUUGGAAUUGCGAAGGUUUCUGAUGAGUGGACAUAUCUGAUUUAUAUACAAUGUUGAAUAUAUAGGAUUUGAAAGUAUGAAUAUUCAUUUCUUCUUUGAUGACUAUGUCAGAGCCAGUGUUAAGUUCAAAGGCUGAUAGGUUCAGAUAUUUCUCAGGAAGAUUAUUGACUCUUCUCCUUUCUCUCUCAUUAAUGAAUACAAGAAAACGUUGUUUGUUGAUUUGUCUGUUGUAUAUCAGUGUAUAUAAGGUGUACAUUUUUAAAGCGAGUUGAUUUUCCUACUUCUUGUUCUUAACUCAUAGCUAUAAUUGUUUAAAUGGUGGAUCAUCUCCUUCACUGAGUAUCCCAACCUGUGAUGUUUGAAUGUUUGAAUGAGGUGUGAGUAUAUAUUUAUAUAGUUUUGUUAUUUAACCCGAGAGGAAUAGCCCGGCUUUUCUUCCCAUAUCUCAAAUUCACUAGGUAAAUUUAUUAUUAGUUGUUAAUGAUUUGUCUUUAUUGUUUUGAUGUAGAAAAUGCAGUGCUAGGUCAUUUUGCCAUUUAAAAUAUGUAAGGUCACGAACAUAAUAUGAAAAAGUGUCUUUCGUCUCUGUGUCUAUCAGCAGAAUGAAUGGAAGCCUUGUACUAACAUGUGGAUACCAAGACGGUCAGUAUCGGGUGAUAUUCCAUAGCAAGUUUGCUGUUUAUCCAAUCUCAAUCUCACCAGCAUUGUCUGCACAAUUGACUCAGUAGUUCCCUCUCUUCCACCUCACGAUUAAAGAAACACCAAGAGUUUUCUUGUUUAGGGUUACGACUAUAAUUAUAGUAGUAUAAUCAUUUUUAUGUAAUAACUUUAUCACAUUUAUGGUUUUAAUAUAUCAUGUUUAAACAGGGCUUGUGGUACAUGAUCCAGAAUUCAGGACAGUUCAGAAUUAAUGUAGAUGAAAUCAACUUUAUCACUAGUACUACCCCCACGCAGUGGUUAAACAGAAUUCCCCAAAUCUAAUUGUAGCCAUGUAAUGAUAUUGUGAUAAAUAGAAAGCUUUCUCUUCCAUUGACUGAAAGGACAUGAUUACGGCAUUUUCCCCUUCAUACCGGAGUCAUUUUAAUAGCCUGCUAACAGCAGGCACUGGUAGUUGCAAUGCCUGAAUGCUCACAUUCUGAAAUUUCUAUUAUUUAUAUUAAUACAAUUAUUGUUGAAGCUUUUAUUUCAUCAACAUAUGAAUAUGUUGCCUCGUGAUGUCUACCUUUAAUAUAGUGCUCCUCAAAUAUUAUUAGUUUCACAGACGUUUAUUCCACGUCCAUGGAAGUGGAACUAUAAUUAGUCUAUUUUUUUUCACAAAUUUAUGAUUUAUGUGACAGUUUUAUCACUGAUACUGUGGUAUGAAAUUUGGUUAAUGGAGAGUUUUGACUCAACUGAGCCAAACUUGAAAAGCCAUAAACUUGAAUUUUUCACUUGCUUCUCCAGUACCGAUGGAUUGAGAUGAACCUUGGUGUUUUUGUUCCUGGCUAUGGGAGUAGGGGGGUUAGGGGGAAUGUCUUAUUUGUUCAAGGUAUCAUGAUAUGAAACAGACAUUGGCUUUCCUGACUUGUGUAUGAUGUCAUUGUCUGUAAUUUUUUGCAUAUCCAUUUCAAUAUGAAUUGAAAAUUGAAGUCUGCCCUUAGUUGAUUGGCGGAAUUUCAAAUGGCUGUAAAUUCUUUAAAUACCAACCAAAUUUGUAAAAUCUUUUGUUAUUGCUUUGCAUCUGGUUGUCGUUUUGGUACGGUUGGCAUUUUGAUUAUUAAAAUAUUCUGCUGAGGUCAUCCUCAGGUUGGCGGAAAUUCAAAUUGUUUACCAUAUUUGCAGUAGUCAUCAUUUUGGGUGCUUGUAAUAUUGACAAACUAUUAAAACUGUAGACAACAAGGUAAGUUUGUUUUCAGAGAUCUGUCAGUAGUGAAGGUACAGGUUAAAAUGAAAGCGAAAAUUAACUGUCUUUGCUAAUAGUUACCCGGUACUAGCAAAUUAUGUACCCCUUGAAUAAAAUAUCUGUAAUAUAUACAAGAAACUAUGGACUGUCAUGUAAAUUUUAGGUCUUAGUAGGGGCUAAAGAUUAUUUACAGACUGGUCUAGAAGUUGGUCAGGGAGCACUUAUUGAAGCAGGGUGUUUACAGCGAAUACAGUAAUUCCCGAAAUAUUAAGCAAAUUUGUUCCAACCUUGGUGAUAGUAAAAUUUCAUUGUCUAUGCAUAUACAUAACCAUUUGCAUAGGAAUAGAUGUGAAUGACGUGAGCAAUUUUCCAGUGAGCCAGUUGAAGUACAUAGUCUUUGGGCUGUUGUCAUUGGUGUGUAUGCUGAUUAAUGUAUUUAAGCAUUUACUUCAAUAUGGUGUGAAUAAUGCAUAGCAGAUUAAUGCAAAGUGUACACACGUUAUAACUCAAUAAAUGCAAAAACAUAUUGAAGUCAGUUCUUGUAAAUAAAUACGUCAACAAUAAUGACAUCACAGAGUGCUUCUUUAAACAUUAGGACACAGAAAACUAGGCAACAAUAUUAAUUCAGUGCAAUAAUGCAAUACCAGCCCUGCCAAUUCUGUUAUUAACCAAUCGAGAAACAGUACUCUGUUGGUAGGCAUGACCUAAUUUAUAUUCAGUUUAUGGUAACAUUAACACAAAAAAUUGCUUGGUUUGGCAAUCAAAUGUCAUGGAAUCACUUGCAAUUUAUUUAUAUGAAAUUAGAAAUGAGAGUCACAUGAGUGUUUUUUUUAUGGUGAUUCCAGUGUAACAAGUAACCAUUAUGGGGAUUCAAAUAAUACACAAAACUCAAGGUCCCAAGGAUGCCAAAAGUAUCUAACACUGCAAUUGAAUUUUUCAGUUAUUUUCUAUCUCAUUUGAAAUGUCAUGGUCCUACUAGUGUAGAUACAUUUUGUUCACAUCCCUGUGUUUCUAUGAGUGAUUGACAUUUAUGGACCCAGUAGAUUGUUAUCAAUUUGGCAUUUGUAUGGGACAUAUCCUCUCCAUCCUUUAUGGUAUUUGUCAUCUUGAAGUAAAAUUAUUAAGAUUGUGCCUUGUCGAUACAACUGCACACAAGUAAAAUAAUACCCUACCUUAUUGUACCAUCUUGUUCCAAACUAGACUAAUGACUUAAUCAGUGUAUUGAGUCUGACUUAAUUGAUGAAAUGGAUUGUGUCCACCAUCUGCAAGUAAGUAAAGAAUUCUGCUAGUGCAGUACACUUUAAUGGUUUUAAAAAAAUUCUGUUGGCCAUGGAAAUGUAUAGGCAUAUUGUGAACAUCUUUUCUUCUAUCCUUUCAUACCUUAGAAAGUUAUAGAACAACUUUAUGGGGAUUUGACACUGAUAAACAGGCUCAUUAAAAUGUAUUACCAUAUGCCCCUGUAAAAGGUUACUUUCCAUCAAAAUUAAAUUUAGAUUAAUUUAAUUGUUUUUAUUAUGCUGUUAGAUUUCAUCUGUUUGGUCACUAUCUCAGGACAUGAUGACUGCCUUUAUCAUGAAGCAUUUGAUCAUUAUCGGUCAUUUGAGUAAUAGACAACUUAUUCUGUUUUUAAUCCAUUAAUGUGAUAGGUAUCAAUACCUAGUGCCUUGUUCUUGAUUUUAUCACAAAUGGUGUCAUGUUGAAUUUGAAAUUUGCAAGGCAGUGAUACCUUUAGCAAUUGUUUGAGCCUGUAUAUGCCACAGGUCUGCUCUUCAUGUAUGUUUCCCUAAACCAAGUUAACUUUUUUUUAAGUAAAAGGAAGUUACCACUUUUCUUAUCAUUAAAAUAUUUCUUUAAGAAUAACUUUUUAUAAUUCACCAGUGAUGUCUGUCUACUUCUGUUGGUUUAGGGUAAACUGAUUCAUCCCAGAGCUGUCCUUUUGCAUUGUUUUGGUUGGAGUCAGUUUGUGAAUUGUAUCAGAAAGUCAUAUUUUCAUUGCUAUCAAACUGGUAGCAUGUGUUUUACCGUGAUAUUUUAGAAAUCAAGUUCAAAUUUUAAGUGUUCUGUUGAAAUCAUAGAGAGAUUGUUUUUUAUUUUCUUUAUAUAUUGGGCAUUUGCUGAAGUCUUUUGAAAGAUGAUGCCCUCAUGUCUUAACAAACAGUAUAUCAUAUGAAUAUAUAUAAAUAUAUUUUUGCGUACGAUGUACAUGAUAAUUUGUUCAGUUUGCAGAGUUUGAGGAAUGUUGUUCUGUGGGAUGUUCAUGUGAUUAAAUACAUUAUAGAACAGCUAUAGAUAUUCCUCAUGUAAAGAAAAUCAUAGGCAUGUUGAGAUUUUGACUCACUACACUCCUGUGAGGCACCAACAGGAUGUGUAUGUAAUAUGUGUUGGUCUAAGAGACUCAAGAUUAUAUUGUACAAAGUGAGUUUAUGAUCAUGCUUUCCGCAGUAGUGUCACAUUCAGAGCUCUGUUUUCUUGACAAUGACAACAUUGUAAGAGCAGGGAUCUCAUUGCAUUCAUUAUGUUCAGUUUUAAUAUUCUAUCAUAACCUUUUUAGUUGAAAUGUUAUUAAUGUAACAUGUAAUUCUGACAUGUGUUUUAUUUGAUAUUGAAUCCCCAGUGCUAGUGUAGUGUACUGAUAACAGGUUAGGUCCAGUCCGGCUUACUCCCAUUGUCCUAGUAGAGUCAGUCCAAGUGUAUUCGCAGAAAGGAAACAUAUCAACAUUGUGCUCGCUUGUUGUUUUAUUGUCACAUGCUCAAUAAACUCAUAAAAGGAA